AUGUAUCGAAGAGGAACAAAACAAAAUAAAAAAAAAAGUUGUUGUAAAGGAAAGUCUAAACCAACAACACCUGAAAAACAGUCUUAUCCCCCUGCUGAACCUUUUGAUGAUGAACACCAUUCUGUAAGGACAAUUACUUUUCAAAAUGGAGAGGUGGUUGGUGAUAGUUAUGAACAAGAAACACCAGAAGAUAAUGACCUUUUUCUUGCCAGACAAGUCUUGAAAAAUAUUACUCAUAAUACUGUUAAUACUAUACAAGAAAUGAUAGAUGAUAUUACUGUUCAAGAAAGAAAAUUGAUUAAUUCGGUUAUUCGGAAUUAUGAGAGUUUAAUACGUGAACUAAAAUUUUCUUUUGACUGUGACAGUGUUACUUUGGAACUACCAUAUGUAAGAAGAAUUUAUGGAGUUGAUGACUUAAUUGAAAUAAAAAGAAAGCAAGAAGAAGAAAUGACCCAGAUAGUUAAAGACAUUAAUAGUCUUUUUGGUGAUUGUGUAAAGAGAUCUAUUCACAUUAAUGAAAUGAGAACUGAAAUAAUAAAAUCACUUGGGAACUACAACAAAACCACAAAAAUAAUUCUUAAUAAACUAGAACCAAAAAAAUAA